AUGUCGACUGCCAAAGGUUUAGACAGCGAGGGAAAUCCCGUGGCGAGCAGCAAUCCGAAGCUCAAGUCGGCCUUUGAUGUGGCCAAUAUAGGCCACUGGCCAGAUUUUGACUGGCGCAAGGUCAACGGUAGGCCUCAUUAUCGUGUCGUGACUAACCACUACGCUUUCCCUGCCAGUUGUGGACAGCGCUUCGGCGAGGCAGCUCCACCAGGCCAGGACUCUGUGAGAUGCAAAGAGGGACGUGGCGCUUUUGCGACGUGUAGAAUUGCAUAUUUGCCUCAAGUAUCACACAUCAAUGGUGGUGUAAUGCGGUCCAAGACGUUAUUCGGUGGUGGAUGUAUGGGAUGUGGCCUCAGUGGUAUUGGACAAGAAUGCUGUCUGCGGCAGCCCCCUGAACCGCAGUGGGUACGGGAUUAUUUCAUGGAGAGAGUUCCGAGUCUUUACGAGUCAGAGAGCAGUCCAGUUGCUUUCCAGAUUGGUCCCCUGCUCGUUUCUUUCUUCGCUUUUGACUUCGCUGAGUUGACUCUGUCCCAUAUGAGCUUGUCGAAUCCUUUUACUACUCUUCUCCCAUUCUCUUUGUUGAAUUGA